CUCCUUACGGGAAUAACAUGGUGUUUCCCUGGGUUAGAAAAAUGACGUCUGGUGUAUUCUGCUCGAAAUGAAACUAAAUUAUUUCGAAUAAUAGUGUGAAAUAGUGAAGAUGCAAUGUACGGUUAACCCCAGUUUCACGAAAACGGAACUGAAGUUCCGUUUCGUAGUCUGCAGUUGCAAUGUCAUUUCUAGAAAACAAGUUCCGGCGUUUAUCUAUCUAGUUAACUUUUUUACACUCGUGCGAUCAACAGAACAGACAAUGUCACAUUAUUCCGUUCGUUUAGCGCUCAUUUUUAGAUUCGGAGGUUCUGUGUUUUCUUUCUAAGAUUUUACGGUUUCUAAUCUGAAAAAUGUUCAUCCAGUUUCUUCGUUGUUUUACAAGAACUUUUGAAUUUGCGUUUUUAAAAAAAUUCUGAAGCAUAAAGUGGAAUUAUUAUACAUUUUUAAAAAAAAAUUUAUUUUGAAGUGAAGGAUGUCAUUGUGGAAAUAUAUAAGUUCCGUUGUGGGUCGUAUUUUGUCCCAUUUCCAUCGGGAUGAAACUAAUCGCGAAUUAACUAUUCACGUUACAACGGGUGACCGUAAAAAAGCGGGCACAGAUGCUAACAUUUGGAUAAUCCUUCAUGACGAAAACGGACAGUCCACUGAUAUCAUUAAAUUAAACAGAACUUUAAAAAAUGACCACGAAAGGGGGCAAAAAUGCACCUUUUUUGCUAGUUCUGGAAAUGGUUUUGGCCUUCCACUAAAAAUCGAAUUAUGGCGUGAUUCCUUCGGCCUCGGCCACAGUUGGUUCUUAGAGAAAAUCGAAGUGGAAGACAAAGUGCAUGGUGGCCACCACGUGUUCCCUGUCCAUCGUUGGAUAAUGCCUGAAAGACAUUAUAUGAUUCGGGAAUAUGAUUGCUGUUUACCGCAACACGAUGAGCACCAGGAACAGAGAAGGACAGAACUAAAACUCUACAAAAAGAUGUAUCAGUACGAGCAACGCAUUCAAGAUGGUCCAGUUCAAAUUAAAGAUAUGCCUGCUGAUGAACAAUUUACCGGCGAAUAUAAGUGGGAUAUAGUGAAAUGUAAGAGUAAAUGUAUGUUGGAUACGAAGCUGAUUCGAUGGACCACGGACAAAUGGGAAUCCAUAUGUGAUUUGAAAAAAGUUUAUAAAUUCCAUCUGGGAGAACCGGCCUGCUUAGAAUAUUGGAAUGAAGAUCGGUGGUUCGGCUUAAGGAGAGUUCAAGGAGUGAAUCCUGUUCUAAUUAAAUUAUGCAAGGAAAUACCUCAAAAUUUUGGGGUGACUGCUGAAAUGGUUGCACCAUUUUUGGAGGAAUACACUUUAGAAGAAGCUUUGAGUGCACAAAAGAUCUUCAUCGUUGAUUUGGCUAUUUUAAAGGGUACUCAAUGCAAAGAUGGUCGAUUGCUCUGCUGUCCAUUUGCUUUGUUCUUCCUUAACAAAAACAAACAGCUUAUGCCAAUCGCUAUUCAACUGUUUCAAGAGAAAGGAAAAGAUAAUCCAGUAUUCCUGCCAAACGAUAACCCCUACACUUGGUUGAUGGCAAAAAUUUAUUACAACAAUGCUGAUGCCAGUUACCACCAAUCAUGUACUCACUUAGGUUUCACUCAUCUUUUAAUGGAAGGUGUCGUUAUUUGCACUCACAGAAAUUUAUCACCAUCUCAUCCUUUGUACAAACUUUUAGCGCCUCAUUUUUUAUUUCUUCUGGCUAUCAAUACAAGAGGACUUUAUAAACUAAUCUCGCCAAAUGGUUGGGUGGAUAAAACUAUGACAGUUGGCAGAAAAGGAAUGUUUGAACUCAUUAAAAAAGGGUUAAAUCAGUGGCAUAUGAAUGUUCAUGGUAUGGUACCUAAUGAAAUCCGAUCCCGAAAUGUGGACAGUGAUGUUUUACCCCAUUAUCCUUAUAGAGAUUGCGCCACUAUGAUAUAUUUGGCUAUACGAAAAUACGUAUCAAAGAUUAUUCAUCGAUUUUAUGAUAGUGGUGAUAAAGUGUUGCAUGAUUAUGAGCUUCAACAGUGGAGAGCAGAGCUUGUCAAGGAUCGAAAAUUAGGUGGCUGCGGAUUAUUGGGUGUGCCAGGUGCCGAAAACAACAGAUUCACAGAAACAGAAGAAGUAGUUGACACAGUUACCUCAAUCAUCAGCACUUGCAGUCUGGGACAUGCAGCGGCUAAUUUUCAACAAUACGAUGAUUAUGCAUUUCCACCCAACUAUCCAGGAAUUUUACACGGAGAUCCACCAAGGGAUAAGGCGCCAAUGGGAGAGAAUGAUAUUUUAAAUUGUAUACCAAAUAAAGAGACUACAUUGGAUAUAAUGGUGAUAACAAAAUUGCUGAGUACAAAAGCUACAAAAUCAUUAGGAGAUUUUGAAUCACAGUUCAUGUAUCACCCUACAUGUGUUCAAGCAACCGAAGAAUUUCGAGAAGAAUUGCAAGAGAUCAGCCGUCAAAUCCAGUUGAAAAAUCGAAGUCAGGCUUUCCCUUAUGACUGUUUAGAUCCAGAAUUCAUACCAAAUGCUAUAAGCAUAUAGUGUCACCGUGUUAUGCAUAGGACUUUAUUUUCAUUGUUGAAAUCCAUGUGUGUCAUUAACAUAUAUUCAAUAACUUCUGAUUGUUAUUUUAUGUGAACUCUAACAUUUGACCACGUCAGGAGAUGGAAAUGUGUACAUAAAAGAACUGUUUUACUUUUUUUUAUUUUCUUAAAAAUGGCUCAAUUAAAUACCAUUCUAUGUUAAACAGCUCAGCUGUUCAAAAUGUAUAUAAAAAAAUAAAAUACUAAUACUCAACUAUUUUA